GCUACUAUAUUGGAGUAGUGGCAGGGGUGUGUGGGAGUAUUACAUAUCCUGCUUUGGCUGAGAGAGAAAAAGAGAUGGGGUCACUUUCUCCAAUCCGUUACCUGGUCCCCCUCCUCAUUUUGUGUACUAUAGUCGCUGGAUACGAUGAAGCAAACUGUGAGAAAAGAUCAAACAAGCUGUACUACACCUCUAUAUGUGACCUCCCUCUUGGUGCUUCCCUUGAUGAAUAUGACAAUGAGACGACUGUUUCGUUAAAUCUGACAAAAUGUGAUAAAGGUGCUGGUGAUCAAAAAGGCAGUGGUGUAUUUUAUGGGAUUAUGGUCUCACUUUUGGCUGCUCUUUCUUUUGGAAGCAUGUUUGUGCCAACAAAAAGGUUCAAUACAGGUGAUGGGAUGUACUUUCAAUGGAUGAUGGGUAUUGGUGCUUGGCUGGUUGGGCUAAUGAUUAACAUAUUCAUACUCAAGCAGCCCCCAUUCUUCUCCUUGAGCAUGGUAUCUGGUGUACUCUGGGCUACUGGUAAUAUAUUCGCUGUACCAUCAUUCUCUCUCAUUGGCAUUGGGAUCGGUCAGACUAUGCAGGGCAAUAUCAAUAUGAUUGGAGGAUGGAUCAGUGGAAGGUUUAUACUCUGUUCUCACAUUGGUAAUCAUAUUGCUAACACUGUUGGUGUUGUAUUGGUCAUUAUUGGUACAAUAUUGCUCUCACUGGUUAAAAGUGACGGUAAGAAAAAGUCCAGGAAGCAACUUUGUUCUUGUAUAAAAUGGAGUGGAGAAAGGAAGCCAUUGCUUCAAGACGGUGGUAUGUCAUAUGUGUCAGGUGAUGUCAAUACUGAUAAAGAGAAUGACGUAAAAAACGAGGAGAAAGGGGACAGUGCUGUCACACAGCAUCAAGAAAAUGAGCCCAAUAACUUUUUAAAGAAAUAUCAAUCAAAGUUAAUUGGAAAAGUCAUUGGACUGUCAUUGGCAUCCUUUUCUGGUCUCUUUCUUGCCUUCCAAUUUCUACCAGUUGAGUUUCUGAGACGCUGUCAGCAUGAAGCAUUCUCAUGCAAAGAGCUGGACUAUGCGUUUGGUUUAUUUACUGGUAUAUUGUUGACUAGUACAUUCUGGUUCGUACUCUAUUGUUUCUGUCUUAAAUUGAAACCAAAGAUCAAUCCAAAGCUAACUGUACCAGCACUGUUUAGUGGAGUCCUAUUUGGCAUAGGAAAUGCUGCCUGGCUUCUGUCUAACGAAUUUGUUGGUUUACCAAUAUCAUUCCCCAUUAUAACAGCAGGAGCAAGUAUGGUCAGUUGUGUAUGGGGAAUAGUUGUAUUCAGAGAAAUAACAGGUUGGAAAAACUUAGGUUUUUUCCUCUUCUCGUUCUUUUUUAUUUUAUCCGGUAUUAUAACAGUUGGGAUCUCUUUCAGAGGAUGAUGUAACAAUAAACUUGAAAGAGUGACUGUUAUAAUCUGUUCUUAUUAUCAUUGUCCAGUCAUUCUAUGUUUCGCACACCAGUUUGUCCUAAUUAUUUAUUCUAUUUUUAAUCUACAUAAUAAAGAAAUUAAAAUUGAA